AUGAGAUGCACUGAGAAUUUUGAAGCAAGUUGGCUGGUAUAAUAAGCAUUGGAAUUGGCCGGAUCCUUUCCACUCCUUUUUCAGCCUCUUCUUCCACUAUUGCACAUCUCACUUAGAAAGCUCAAAUUCCAACACAUGGCUUUUCUUCACAAGAAAUGGAGAUCCUUAGUCUAAGAAUCUGAUAUUGCAAUUUGCUGAAACCCCUCAGAGACGUAACUGCCACUGCCCAAACUUGGCACAAACAUUUGCUCAAAUCUGGUGCGCAGGCAGCAGCUGCCUGUGAAUACUGGUGAUCUGGUAUGAGUGUUGGGAUCAUGACCAUGAUGGCACCUGUUGGUAUUCUCGGCACAUGCAAUAUACACAAUGUGUCAGGUGACAUUGCUGACCUUAACAUAGGCUUAAGGAAAACUCUGACAAGGUGGAACAUAUCCCUGUGGAUGAAGGGGACAUUGGGCUGUUAAACAUUUGUGUACAGGACAUUGUUAUGCCUAGCAUUUAGGGUGAUGCGAACUGCAUUUGCAUUCUUGUCUGAAUUCUGGCCUUGUGGGUUGUGCCUUCCAAAAAAAAAAUCUAUUGAUAUUCAGAUUCAGAGGGGUUCAUCAUGUCAAUUUGUCUGGCUUCUGAAGCUGGAUGAGAGAUUGCAAAAGUAUUUUAAGUUAUAUUUGCUGCCAAUGUUUGGCAAAGUUAUCCUUUCUUGUUGGGUGAUUUCUGUUUUUCGUGUAGGACCGCUUCAUAGUUCAGCUACGAAUGCAUGUUGAGGAUUGCCUGCAGAACUGCCUGGAAUGCAUGAUCCAUGUUUUGAAUUACAUGAUAUUCUCUCUAUCAUUGAUAUAUGACGCCAUCAGGAUAAGGUAGUUAAAACAUGUUGCAACUCAUCUUUGAGUCUAAUAUAUCUGCUUUUUUUAAGUUAAGCUACUAUGGAGAUUUUGACCAAGAACAAGGCUGCAGCUCGGGCAGCACAGGACGCAGGUCCGCCACUGGAUGCCAUGCUUGUUAAAUACGUACAUGAAUUCUCUCCAUCGUUGAUUUGACAUCCAUAACUUUGUUCGUUGCACUACUAGUUUGAAUAAUGUAUUAUAUGCUUCUUUUUCAUUUGUCUGGUAAACAAACUGCAUGAGCAUGGGAUUAUGGGAGCAUGAUGCUUAUGGUUCCAUUGUUUUGCUUAGACGUCUACAGGAUUUUAUGGCUCCUAUGUCCCACCGUAUUUGAGGUACAAAGAUAUAUCUCAUCAUCAUUGCUGAAUCAUACAAGAAAGGAUUCAAGUAUAACAAUUUCAGAGAAGACCAAAGUUUCAGAUAUAGAUCCAUUAACAGACAAUGGAACCAUGUACGUUAAGCCAAUUAUAAUACUCGUCUUAAUAACUAGAUACAUCUUUGUUUAGUAAGUGUCCUUCAACCUUCUAAAAUUGAUGAAGUUUAAGAAAGUUUCACAGGAAUGAAACGUGAAAAUUAGUCUCGAACUGAGUUACUUUAGUUCUGUGAACAGAAUGGUAGACUAUGAUGGCAAUAGUGGAAAAGUGUCCGAGUACUGAGCAGUCAAAAUAAAAUCAGGUUCUGUCAGGAAAGCUCUCUUAUGCAGAAAUAUCUAUACACAUAUGCAGGUGUGUACAGUAUCCUGAUAUGGAUUUUCUUUUAAUUUUGGGAGACGAGGACUUGCCACUGUAUCAUGCACCAAGAAAGAAGAAUCAUUUGAUUGGCCACAUCAAUUUGAUAAUUUACUUGCAGUCAGCCCAAACCGCAGUGAAACAAAGUGUUAUUUCAAUCCAGUAAGCAAAGAUCAUGGCUUACAGAUAAUUUUCUGUAUGUGGAUAGAUUACUGCAGAAGAAAAACAAAGGGAAUGAUUUGAAGUAGGAUCACAAUUGAUGAAAAUAUUGGAUUCAUCUGGAUCACUAUCGUUUAGUCUUUGAUUUAACACAAGCAAUUUACGAAUUUCAACCGGCUACCAAUAGGCUAUGGCCAUUGGCCAAUUUGUACCACCAGUCAUGUGGCUUAUCUGCUGCAAGUUGUCUAGCAUGGUUGUCCUACGACUACAUAAUGAUUCAUGGUCAGAGGGGAAAAAAAAGAGGGGAGGGGUAGGCAGAAAGGAGGCCCUUCUAUAGCACUGUGUUGUCUGCGUCAUUUCUGUUGCUUUCAUGGGGAGAAUUUACAUGCUAAGAGCCAAGCUGGAUCAACUGUGUCUUUUUUGAAAAACCAGAAGUCAACAAAGUUAGUGUCUCACAUUUGGAAGGCAGUUCUGCUGAAAGAUCAAUUCUCAAGUCUCAAGUGUCAAGGUAGGUUAUUCUUACAUGGCUGAUUGUUGGUUUCCAUUGUUGGUCUUUGGCUUCAGUUGUUGUUUACUGUUAUGUCAUGUAUAUAUAUGCAUUUCUGCCAUUUGAACUUAUAAUACCUUUCUUAGUUUGGUAGACUUUGUGUCUCUAAGGAUCAAAUCUUAUGUUAACUUUCAUGAUGUAAAAGUUAACAUAGGAGCUGAGUUUAUCAUCCUGUGCAUCAGUUAUGUGCAUGCACAAGUGUGUGAACAAGUUGACAACAUUUUUAAUCUUUUAUUCACUGUUUAUGGCUAAGCCCAAGAUCUUGAAAUCAUCAUGUAGUUCUGCUAUCUUAUAAAUGAGCAACCGCUAUUCUUCUGAGUUUGUCUAUUUGUGCUGAUCAGUAGAUCUACACCUGCACCUUUCAUAUUUGGUAAUGCUGAUCAUGCCGGCGGGUAAAUUUAAUUUCAUACCUCUCUUCUCCUUUCAUGAGCUCUGUUUUGUUUAUGAAGUCAGAAUUCAUUAUUUUAAGAGAGUGAGAAUGCACAGCUUCUUUAUCUUAUAAUACAGUACGCUUUUAACAGUGCCUAUCUUCUCGAUGUUGCUGUUGCAUUAUGUCUUUCGGUCCUUGAUGAUAAGUAAUGGAUAAUGCAACAUGUUUAGUGUCUGUCUGCUUCCUGUGUUGUGACAUAUCGAUUGGCCAUCUCAAGUGGGGUCCUCCCGAGCUAGUGUUUCUAUUCUUUUCACAGACAGGAUUUUUUUUAAAAAAUCUUUGCUUCUUGAGAGAACAGUUUUUACUAGACUGAAGACCUUAAAGCAUCUGAAAUCUGUUUUUGAGGAAUUUAAAGUAUCUAAUCUUGUUUAUCAGAUAUGCACGUUUGGGAAUUGUUUUGAUUUGCAGGGCAGAACCACUGCAAUUUAAAGUAUUAUCACUGCAGCAAAAUCAAACUGUUGAAUCUUUCUGAAACGAGCUGCUUAUGGAGAUCAGAUCAAAUUACACCCAAGUGAUCAUAGCAAGCUCACUUUUGGUGGAAGAAUAUGCAUGCUGGAAAGGGGGAGGAAGAAGCCAAGAAAGAAAAGGAAGCUAAUGUAUUCCCAACACAGCAAGGCAAAUCUGCAUCAUGUGUGUAUCUGCAUUUCUUGACAGAUCUUAAAACAGUUUCUCUGCUAGAAACAAUGAGGGCACGAGAUCACCUUUACCUGUUAGAAGGUUGCCCUGAAUUAUCCAGUGAAAGCUAGUUGGUAUAGGCGCAUAAUUCUCUCUUUGAAUGCAUCCAUGUUGACGCAGACAUUUUACCAAGAGUCUUGUCCCCAAAAUCUAAAGCACUCUAGACUGUCUUUUCCCCUACUCAAGUGCCUGUCAGCUGGAUCUUUCUGCACUGCGACCUCAUCUUUCAGGUUCCAAGUUUGCAAGGGUUCCAUGAGUUCUAGUAGGCAAAAAACCCAAGCCCAUGAUGUGUCCGAGACGGAACAAACCAUUUCAUUCUCAUCGCAGUCGAGUCACCCUUCCUUGCAGCACUCCCCAAACCCAAACCUGAGCCCAUGCCUCUACCAGUGCAUUGCCACUCUCAAAGGUAACUCAUCCUAUGUCUCCAGCCUCGCCGUCGAUGGCGACUCGCUCUACAUAGCCUCGUCAGAUGGGCACCUCAGGCUGUGGCCGCUGGACAUGGCCAUGGACGCGCAACGAGCCGAGCAGUCGAGCUCUACGGUUGCAGUCACCAACAGUGCCACAAAGUGUGUCAUCGCCACCGGCAACGGCCUCGUCAGCUCGCACCAGGACGGCAAGAUCAGGGUGUGGCAUCCCGGCCGGAGGAACGGGAGCUGCGGCCGCCUCGCCCUGCGCGCCGUCCUGCCGACCGCCGCCGACCGCCUGCGCACGUUCCUGCUCCCCGGCAGCUACGUGGAGGUCCGGCGGCACCGGAAGCGCACCUGGGUGCACCACGUCGACGCGGUCACCGCGCUCGCGCUGUCCCCGGACGGCGCGGAGAUGUACUCCGUGUCGUGGGACCGGAGCCUCAAGGUGUGGCGGCUGCCGAGCCUCCGCUGCGCCCAGUCCGUCGCGGCGGCGCACGGCGACGCCAUCAACGCCGUGGCCGUGGCGGCCGACGGGCGCGUGUUCACCGGCUCGGCCGACGGGACGGUCAAGGCGUGGCGGCGCUGCCCGGGGCAGAGGAAGCUCACGCUGGUCGGCACCAUGGAGCACCACAAGGCGGCGGUGAACGCGCUGGCGCUCGGUGUGGGCGGGACGGUGCUGUACUCCGGCGCGUGCAACCGGUCCGUCGUGGUGUGGGAGUGCCGCGCGGGCGGUGGCAUGGCGGCCCCCGUCGCCACGCUCAGGGGCCACACGAAGGCCGUGCUGUGCCUGGCCGCCGCCGGGGACGUGGUGUGCAGUGGCUCGGCGGACAGGACGGUGAGGGUGUGGAGGAGGGGAGCGGCAGAGGCGGGCUCAACCUACACCUGUCUGGCCGUGCUCGACGGCCAUGCCGGAGCGGUGAAGAGCUUGGCGUUGGUGAGGAAAUCGGGAUGUGAUCACGACGACGGCCCGUGCGACGGGUGCUGCUCUGCAGCUCAUGUUUGCAGCGGAUCGCUGGACUGUGACGUGAAGAUUUGGAGAGUGACCGUUUCUUGUUUACGAGUGCCGUAGAGGUGUACCCGGGUGUGUACAUGAAUACUCUUCGAGCUGACCGAUUCGGUAUUUUUUUUAGAACGUGCUGUGAUGCUGUCACGCAAA